AUGCUGCAACAAGAUUGGCGCACUUCGAAGUCCUCCGAACAGAACAAACCUGGUAUCCCCCGUUCGUUCAAAAUAGUAUUAGACUCCAUAAUAGGAAGAAGGCAAAUUGGUAGGAAUGAGUUAGAAGUUUAUCAGGAAACUUUUAACUACAGACUAGUGUCUUCUGUUUACUUGAAUGAGAACUACAUGAAUGGCAUGAUGUUUGGACUCAUUGGUCGGAAAUUUUCUAAUCAAUCUCGCAAUUGGAAGAAACCUGUGUGGAGAAGGAGGCAACGGGCUCAAUGCGAAGUCAGUUUCAACCUCCGAUUGAUUUCAUCAUGUUCGCCUCAGCUAUAUGGCCCAGCCAUCUUAAUUUUGGUUUUCAGACUGAUCCAUUUUUCGCAGAGAUUUGGUUCAGGCAUUAGUUUCCCUAGCAAAAGACUUCUCUUUCUGCUCAUAUUGGCAUUAAUGAACUCUUAUUUCAAACUCUUCUACCUCAUGACCAAAUUGUACAAUAUGAACAACCUUUGCCUUUUAGAAAGAAUGUUUGAAUCAGAGAAAUACAUCGAUAAUAAUAUGUUCAAGGCUAUCCCAGAGACUUGCAAGAAAUUGAAUACAUUGGUAUCUGACCAACUGAGAUUGCUAAUAGUCCAUAGAGCUACAGCUAUUCACAAUUUGCUCCCAUUUUUGAAUAUUGACUUAUUUAUGAGUUACUUGGAAAUCUACCAAAUUUUUGAUACGGAUCGUCAAAUUUAUAAAGUUUUUGGCUGCUUUUGCACUGAUAAUUUCGAAAUUUAUGACCAUCUUAAUUCGCCAUACAACAGUAUGUCAUUGAUAAAAUCAACAGAUGAGUCUAAUAUACCGCUAACAUGGGAAGAAUCCAAUUUGUCCAACUUGUUAGGUGUUAAUAAUCAAAUUCGGAAAAUAUUUUUAUGCUGUCUGCUGAGUAUGUAUUCUUGCUUAGAUAAUGAUGAGAAGAAGUCGAAUUUAAACACCCGAGUGUCUCACAAAUGGCUAAUCUUGUCUUUAUCAAGUCAAAGGCUCGGCCAUUCUUUGAAGGGCUUACCAUUUUUACAGAAACAAAGAAUUCUUAGUACGGUGCUCUGGAGUCAAAUCUCAUUAUUUGUUUUUUCGGGUAACUUCUUAAACACACACAUCUCUAUUCAUAAAAGCCAGAAUAACCACAUUUUGCCCGAUUUUCAAACGAAUUUCGUUUCUGGAGCUUUGAAAGAUCAACAACAAUCACCAUACGAUCAACUGAUUGCCAAGUUGAAUAAACUUUCGUCGAAACUAAUCUUGCUAAAAAACUCAGCUCCUAGUGAGCACACAGCAAUCAUUGAUUCUCUUUCGGAUGUUAGAUUUACUAAUUUGCCCGAGUUUUUUGAUAUGUUAGACUCAAUCCUGCAAAAUGCAACAUAUGACACCCAUAACCCUCCUCAGUCUCCUGAGAAGAAGGAUGACGAAUUUGAAACUUGGAUCAAGAACAAAGCUAAACCAUUGAAUAUCUCUAGUAUCUCAUCCCCCAUAGUUACUGCAGCGUCUACAGGGGUCAUUCAUCAAGCAUCAACAUUCAACAGUCUUCAUUACUCCCAUGAAAAACGGAGCAGUUCGGGAUUAUCAUUCAACCUCAUUAGGGUUAUAAGUGAUGACAAAAUGCCGACGUCAACGACUCAGCAGACCUCACCAGAUUCUGACGACUCUUUAUCCCUUGAUUCUGCUGUCAAGUACAAGUUUAAUCAUAAUCAAGGAAAUUUUUAUCAUUUCGAAGAUUUUGAUAAUAAUUACGACCAUGGAAUCACGGAAGGAUAUCAUAGUAGAGGUUUAUUCACAGAAACUUCUCCAAGCUCUUAUGGCAUGAACCAAAAGGACAUGCAGUUGGAGGGAAUUAAUAAAACUAGCAACACAGUACGUUUAGUCCGGCCUCUCUCCUUUCCCGACAGCGAAACUUCCGAAGUAUUCUCAGUCGAUCAUAGCAAUAUUAGUAAGGAAGUCAGAAAAAAGCUUAGUAAAAUCUUCGAUGAAGAGGAACCGUCAGAAGAAAUAUCAAAUAUUAACACCACUGGUGAGUUAAUUUAUUAA